AAAUUUUUAGUUAAGAAGAUACUUUUAAAAAAUAUUCUACUAAAUAAACAAUAAAUAGUUUUACUAUAUAUAUUGAUAAAAAUUCAAUCGAAAAACUUGAUGCAUUUUAAUUUAUUUAAUAUGAUUAUUAAUUUUAAUAAUUAAUUUCUCUUUAAAUAAUUGUUAAAACAUAAAAUACAGGAAACGAGGGAUUAAUUAUUAUUUCAAAAGCAAUUAAAAAUUUAAAUAAUUUAAAACAUUUAGAAAUAUCAGUACCGUAAUUAUUUUUAAAAAAUAGCAAUUACGAUUUUAUAAUUAUAAUAGAGCAAAUAAUAUUGGAUAUGAUGGAGCUAACAUUUUAGGAAAAUCUUUGCAAAAUAUGAAGGAGCUAUAAAGUUUAAAUAUUGAUUUAUCAUGGAAUUAUUUAGGAUAUAAUUAAAAUCUUUAAAUUUUACCUUUUUAAAGAAAUUUAUUAAUUUUGAUAAUUAAUUUAAGAUGGAAUAGUAUUGGAGAUUAAGGUUUAACUUGUAUUUCUGAUAGUAUUAUAAAGAUGAGAAAUUUAUAAUAUUUAGAUAUUGAUCUAUUCAAUAAUUAAAUCUAAAAUAAUGGAUAUUCAGCUUUAGCUAGAUCUAUUGGAUAUAUAAAAAAUUUAGUUAAGUUAAAUAUCAAUUUAGGAAAAAAUAUUAUAAAGGAUAAUGGAGUAAUUAAUUUUAAUAAAGAAAUAUAAAAACAAAAAAAUCUAGUGGAGCUUGCCUUAAUUUUAGAUGAAAACUAAAUUGGAUAUAAUACAAAUUUACAUUUUUAUAAUUCAUUAAAUUAUUUAACAAAAUUAAAAAAUUUGAUUCUGAAAUUUGA